GAGCGGCGAUCGCCUCGGAGCACGACGGGCAUUCUCCAGGCGUGGCGGUGCGGAAGCUGCCCAGCCUCAUGCCCCGCAGGGACGUGAAGGAGGGCGGCAUCGGCCGCGCCCAGUUCAUCCUCGCGCGCUCCGGCAAGGUCCUGGACGCGUACGCGAUGGACAAGCAGAAGCUGGGCGAGGGCAGCUACGGCUCCGUCCGCCGCGCCACGCACAGAGCCACCGGGUCGGUGCGCGCCAUCAAGACGAUCCCCAGGGGGAAGCUGCGGAAUCACGCGGCGCGCACGGGGUGGUGGGCACGCGGCGGGGCGGCCUCCCAAAGGGCGUGGCGCUUCUCAGGUCCCCCCCGCCUCGCGCCGCCCCCGCGCCGCGCGCCGCCGUGGCAUGCGGAUCGCGUCAAGAGGGAGAUCGCCAUCCUGAAGAUGAUGGACCACCCCGGCAUCAUCAAGCUCUACGAGACGUUCGAGGACAGUCGGAACAUCUACCUGUCCAUGGAGCUCUGCAGCGGAGGGGAGCUCUUCGAGCGCAUCGUGCUCGACGGGCGCUUCUCGGAGCCCCAGGUGCUGCAGAAGGUAAGCUUGGGGUUCUUUCAGUUCAGGGCCGAAGAUUGGAAAUGUGUUUCGGACGACGCCAAGGAGUUGAUCACGUGGCUGCUGAAGAAGAACCCCGACGACCGCUGCUCAGCGGACCAGGCCCUGCGCCACACCUGGAUCGCCCACAAGGCGCCGAAGGCGCCAGCCCUGACGCUCGACGAGGGCCUGGUCGAGAGGCUGCACGCCUUCCGGCUGCGCAGCAAGUUCAUGAAGGCUGCCCUGCACGUGAUCGCGGGUCAACUCGACGAGAGCCGCAUCUCCAUCCGGGGCCUCCGCGACGUCUUCGUGAGGCUCGACGCGAACGGCGACGGGCUGAUCACCCACUCCGAGCUCCGGAGGGGGCUGCAGCAGGCUGGCGUGCGGAUCCCAAAGCCCGACGUGGAGGACAUCAUGGACAGCGUUGACUGCGACGGCAGCGGGGAGAUAGAUCCCGCUG